GGAAUCGAUCCUCUAAACCCCUCUGAGUAAGAACGCUCAUGGGACAACCCCUAGGCCGACGACUCUGUUGUCGACCCAACAACAGUUCAAAAGCGAUUCGACAGUAAACAUGGCGCUUGAUUUCGCAGCCACCUACAAAGUCCUCGUGUUAGGGGAUUCGAAUGUCGGCAAGACUUGCAUCGUUCAUCGUUAUUGUGACGAGAGAUACUACGAUACUUAUAUAUCGACGAUAGGUAUUGAUUUCAAACAGAAGAUUAUUAACUUGGACGGUACACCAAUCAAAUUACAAAUUUGGGACACCGCUGGACAGGAACGAUUUAGAACUCUAACAACAGCGUAUUACCGUGGUGCCAUGGGUAUCUUACUGAUGUACGAUGUCACCAGUAUGGACAGUUUCAAUCAUCUGUCUUAUUGGCUUCGAAAUAUUCAGGAAAAUGCCUCACCGGACGUAGUAAAAGUAUUAGCGGCUAAUAAAUGCGAUGCCACCGCACACAGAGCCGUAGAUGCUGAAAGAGGUCAGAAAAUAGCGGAAAAUUUUGAUAUGCCUUUUUUCGAGGUGUCCUGUAAGGAAGAUAUAAAUAUCGAAGAAGCAUUUAUAACUUUAGCUAGGAGAAUACGAGAACAACGAGGACGUCGAGCUAGUUUGUUCGAAGCUUCGGAAAGGGAAGGUGCCGAUAGUGUGAUCAAAGCUCAAUCACCGUCUCAACAGGGUGACGCUUGGAGAUGCACCUGUUAGUCAUCUCAUAGGAAUGAAAGAAGGAAGGAAAAUAAAAAAAAAAGAACACGAGAAAUUCGCUCAUUGGUCGCUGAUAUAUUUCAGGUUUGAAAGAAGGGAAGUAUUUGUUCUUGGACAUCAAUUUUAUUCGCUUCUCCCUAUGGGAACGUACGCAUAGUUACGUUGCUCUUACGAUCAUAUAAUCCUUAUAUGGUGUAUGGAAAAGUCAGUAAAAUAAGAACUUCUAGGAAUUAACGCAUAUGAGAAAAAAGAAAGAGAGAAAGAAAGAGAAAUAGAGUGAAAACAGACACAAAUGGUUAUCGAAUUAAAAUAAAUCGUGACUAAUAUUAUCUUAAACCAAAAAAAAAUUCUGCACAUAUACCGUAUACACUUACACGUAAACACAUAAAUACACGUAUAGCGUACGACGAAUCGUAUAACGUGGCUAAGCAAAAAAAGCAGAUAUGUGUAACUUUGAAGUUACCGCUCGCGUAUGUAAUAAUAAUAAUAAUAAUAAUAUUAACAUUAAUAAUAAUAAUAAUAAUCGUUCAUACGAUACGAACGUUCACAUUUUAAUCUAAAUCGUGCUGUCACUUUGGCGAUUGUUUAGGAUCGUCACCAACUCAAAUUUCCUUAUUAAACAUCGAAACUCUAUGCUAAAACUUAUCGCGAAGAUUAUUUAAAUUAUGAUAUUAACGUAGAUGAAAUAUGUACGUAUAAAUUGAAAAAAAAGAGAGAAAGAGAGAUAGGCAGAAAGUAUGAUACUUUCGUAAGAGGAAUCGUAAGAUUGAAUUAACGCAGAAUAUCGAAAGAAUUGACGGAUCGUUUAUGCUCAUGAUCUCUGAGCUCACUGUUGAUCCAGAAAAUCUAUCAAAAUCUUAGAGGCGAAAGAUCAAGGAGACUGGAUUUGUAUAAUUAAAAUAAAUCAUUGUCAACUCGAUAUUCUAAUUUAGCGUUUAAUUUUAAACAAAUGGUACAUAAAAAUGAUAAACUUUAAAAGGAUAACAGUUAAACAGUAAAAAUAAUUGACUCUUUAAAUCUCAUCGUUUAAUUGAAGGUGCUUGAAAAAAAUAAUUAACACUUAAAAAAAUUAUAUUGGGGAAAAAGAAAUAUUAAUGACAAAUCCUUUCUCCUUGGCCUUUCUAUGCUAAAGAUAAAAUUAAUUGUGAUAGCUGUGUCGAUAUCGAGAAUCGACACAUACAAAAUAAAAGAAAUUGAUUUUGAAAUUAAACCAAAAAGAAAUAUAAUAAAAUAAAAUAAAGUCGUGAAGUGCUGAUGGCUUAAACGAAUUUCAAUUAGGCAUUUACAUUUUAGUACUGGCCGCAGUUAGAAUUUCGUUAAAUCUUACCUCACGAUUUGUCAUGUUUCCAAAUCAAUUUCUUGCACUACGUACAUACAUAUACAUGCAUACGUACACGAACACACACACACACUCACACAUUUGAUGAUAUUUCGAAAAAGAGAAUUUUUCAACUCUUCGUAGAAAUUUCAUUCGUAUCGCUCUAUACUUGCCACCGUAAGCUUUUUCGUACUACUUUCGAUAUAUCGCGCAUUUUAUCAGAUACGAAUACGUAAAUAAAAAAAAUAAAUAAAUAAAUUAUAAGUGACAAGCAAAAUAUUUCUUUUGCUCCACCGAAUUUACAUGCAUAUGUAAACAAAUGCAUACAUUUCGCACAAGGCGCAUUAUUGUAUUAAUACUACUAAUACUAUUAUUACAAUUAUACUACAGAGAAAAACAGAUAGAGAAAGAGAGAGAGAGGGAGAGAGACAGAAAGAAAAAAAGAAAAUUUGCAUUUUCUUUUUUACUACUUCGAAACGAAAAAUGGACAGAUAAAAGAAACGAACGGGGCAUGUUGAACAAAAUGGAUAUAUAAUAAUACUCAGCAAAUGUACAUUUCGUGUUUCAAAACAUUUAGUAAUAAUUACAAUAGCUGUACGUAAAAAAGAGAAGAUAUAGUAAGAAAGAUUUUAAACGAAUGCAAAAAAUAUAAAAUUUUAAGUAAUUAACACUGAGUUAUUAAAAGAGAGAGAUUAUUGUUUUGAAAUAUGAAUGAAAGUUUGUUCGAUAUACAUGCCUGAACAACAAAAAGAAAAAAAGAAAGAAUGUACACCAGAAAUAAUUGGCAAAAUAUGACACAUUUUAUCGAAAGGCCUAAAAAUAAUAUAGAGUACGAAACUUUAACUCGACAUUUCGUCGUCUAGAAUGAUAAUAUCGUGCAAAAAAAAAUAUUUUUGCCGCUUGGUGCACUGCUAACUCCAUGAUAUUUAAAUAAAUAUAUCUAAUGUGAGAGAAUUAAAGUGCAUUGUGAUUAUGCGUAUCCGUAAAAAGAAGAAAAUGAGAAAGAAAAGUUUCCUCUGCAAGAUGACUAAAAAAAAAGAAGAAGAAGAAGAAAGAGAAGAAACAACACUUAUGAUUAAGUAGAUGUAUCAACUGUGACGAUAAUAGAACAAAUACGAUAAUGAUUUCUUAUUUCGGAAGUUUUUAGAUAAAAAUUUCCUAACUUGUCGUAUAUGAUUUCGCACGAUCGUUCCAAUUAACCUGAACAUAUAUAUGAUCAUUUCGUUACAAUUCUUGGUGUUCAUAAGAAAUAGUAGCUUUCGCUUUUGGUACGCUUGAAAUGAUACUUAAACCAAAAAAUGGGGUUGAUAGCAAAAUUAUCGAAUGAUUUUAGUUAGAAAUUUAGCGUAUUACAAUUUUUAUUCGAGAGAAAGAAAGAAAUAAAAAAAUAAAAAGAGAAUAAGAAAAUGUAUGUUCUGAUACGCUGUCUACGGCGUCCAAUUACGUGCCACUAUCUACGUGCGAUAUUUGAUUGAAGCGCUUUGAUAAUCAUUGAAAGAAAAAAAGAUAAGAAGAAA